CCUGCCCAGCCGCUGGUACGCCGCCAGGGACCUGAUGCUGAUGUCCCACCUGCAGGACAACAUCCAGCACGCCGACCCCCCCGUCCAGAUCCUCUACAACCGCACCAUGGUCCAGCUGGGCAUCUGCGCCUUCCGCGAGGGCCUGAUCAAGGACGCCCACAACGCCCUCCUGGACAUCCAGUCGUCGGGCCGGGCCAAGGAGCUCCUGGGCCAGGGCCUCCUCCUGCGCAGCCUCCAGGAGCGCAACGCCGAGCAGGAGAAGGUGGAGAAGCGGCGCCAGGUGCCCUUCCACAUGCACGUCAACCUGGAGCUGCUGGAGUGCGUCUACCUGGUGGCGGCCAUGUUGUUGGAGGUCCCCUACAUGGCGGCCCACGAGUUCGACGCCCGCCGCCGCAUGAUCAGCAAGCAGUUCCACCACCAGCUGCGCGUCGGCGAGAGACAACCCCUCCUCGGGCCACCGGAGUCCAUGCGGGAGCACGUGGUGGCGGCGUCCAAGGCGAUGAAGAUGGGCGACUGGCGGACGUGCCACCGCUACGUGGUCAACGAGAAGAUGAACGGGAAGGUGUGGGACCUGUUCCCCGAGGCGGACAAAGUGCGCGCCAUGUUGGUCAG